UGUAAUAAUGUAACAACAUAUGUUGUCUAAAAUGAGAAAGCUUGAUUUUUCCAUUUAUUCUAUGAAAUAAUCAAUAUUUUGGGACGGUGAACUUAAAGUGAUAAUGAAUUGUGAUAUCGCGACAAAUAAACAUGGCGCUUAUUUGAUACUGGAGCCUUUUACUUCGGACAAGCCGCAAGCCUUGUCGCAAUUUACACCAACUCAGACAUUUCGUUUUUUGCAUUUGUUCUCGGAUCAUUCAAACAAUUCGCGAUACAGUGAAUGUAUCGUCUGUAUUUCGAACUGUUUUCGAGGGGAAACGUUUGAUAAACCUGCACGUCAUACAUGUCAAAAUGGCCCGGGAAUAUGAUCAUUUAUUUAAGCUUCUAAUAAUAGGAGAUAGUGGUGUAGGCAAAAGUUCACUGCUCCUACGAUUUGCUGACAAUACUUUUAAUGGCAGUUACAUAACAACGAUAGGAGUGGAUUUUAAAAUACAAACAGUGGAUAUAGAUGGGGAACACAUGGUGUUAUAGUUGUUUAUGAUGUGACCAGUGGUGAUUCCUUUGCUAACGUUAAGCGAUGGUUACAUGAAAUCGAACAAAAUUGUGAUGUAGUCAACAGGGUACUUGUA